AUGGAGCAAGAUCAUCAUAGGUUGGAUUCAAAAGUGAUUGCACAACACAUUUUCACGAUGGUCAAGGCCGAUCCAACAAUCAGCAUCAUGGUUCUACAAGGAGGUGUGGAGAAUCAUUUUGGUUACAAGGCGUCCUACAGAAAGGUUUGGCUUGCAAAACAGAGAGUCGUCGCUAGAAUAUAUGGCGAUUGGGAGGAGUCAUACAACAAGCUUCCUCGUUGGUUAUUCGCUAUGCAGAUGUACUUGCUAGGUACUUGGGUGCAACUAGUGACACAACCCUGGCUUGCCUCCACCGACACUGUGAUGUUUCAUCGGUUUUUGAGGGGUGAGACAAAGGAGGCAUGGUCGUUCUUUCUUUCGUACUUACGGGAGCAUGUUACACCACAACCAGGGGUGUUAGUGAUUUCAGACAAACAUAAGCCCAUUGAUGGAGCACUAAAUGCCGAAGGGAGUUUAUGGAAACCGCCGCAUGCCUUCCAAGCGUUUUGUACAAGACACAUUGCAACCAACUUCAUGACCCACUUUAGGAACAAAGACUUGAAGAAGGUUCUUAUUAAUGCAACAUACUCGAAGUCACAUUGUGAGUUCGCUCAUUAUUAUGGCCGUCUAAGGGGCGAAAACGUAGCUAUUACAAACUGGCUUGAAGAAUUGCCACGGUCACAGUGGGCACAUUAUGCUGAUGAGGGUCGUCGAUUUGGUCACAUGACGACCAAUAUCUCCGAGUGCAUUAAUGUUGUUAUGAAGGGUUCCCGCAAUUUGCCAAUCACGGCUCUUGUUAAGUCAAGUUAUUUUCGUUUGGGUGAACUUUUUGCAAGGAAAGGUUCCGAGGCACUGGCCCAACUUCAGGUCGGUGCUGAAUUUUCACAGACAUUGAUGAAGGCCAUAGAAUUCAACUCGAAGCACGUGAACACUAUGAAUGUUUACCAGUUUGAUCGAUCAAGGACAAACUUUACGGUUGAAGAGUUAGCGGCAGUUCCGGGAUCCAGGCAACAAAAUUAUCAGGUGCUGCUUGAUGAGCGCAAGUGUGAUUGUGGGUAA